AUGACUCCCCGGCCAGCAGUGAAGGAACAGGAAGCGGCGUCAGUCUGGGUCCCGGAAAACAGCUCCUGCUCGUCCUUCAUGUCUCCUCGAGCAGCAGCCUUCACUAUCAACGCUCUUCUGAGUCUUUAUUCCUGCAAUGAACACAGAAGCACCAAGCCAGUGCCUUGCUCAGACUUUUGUGAGGAUCCCAGACGUCGUCACGAGCCUUCAUCUCCCACUUGCGCGACCUUCACCUCCGUGGUAGGACCUCCGCCACCACCCAGCAAGCUCCCAUGUGAUAAUUCUACCAGUCUCCAGGAUAUAGUACCAGUACUCAUCGCCAGAACCUCUCUCCAAGAUACUCCCUCCACCCAUCAAUUCGACUUAGAACCAGUUGCCACUGCUACUAACCAGGACAAACCCGCUUCCGAUCAACAAGAUGUAAGACCAGAACUAAUCGCCAGUGCUUCUCAAAAAAGAAUCAGCUCAGGUCUACGAGAUUUUAGACGCAAACAAGUUAGAAGAAACACCAACCAAGAUGCACUCAGCGCCCAUCAACAAUACGCAAGACCAGAACUAGUUCCCGGAACCACGGGCAGCAGCCAGAAAGACUCUAUUACCAAGGCGAGGCGUGCGCGAACAGUCUUUUCUGAUUUUCAGCUGAAGCGACUUGAAGAAGAGUUUAAAAACCAGUUUUAUUUAGCGGGUGCUGGACGUCGCAACCUCGCCACUGAGCUGGGCCUGAACGAUACCAAAGUUAAAGUAUGGUUUCAGAAUCGGCGAAUUAAGUGGCGUAAGGACCAUAAUGGCGAAGAGUUGAGACGCUCACCUACAGAUCCUUGUAACGACGUCAGCUGCUGCAGGCCAUCUUCGGUGUGA